UGGAAAAUAACGACGUCCUUUUGCUUGGAAAUCAAAUGUAUGCGCCAUGACGCGCCGGUGAAAAUUUUUAAGAGAUUGACGUAAUUUUUGUACAUUAGUUGACAAAAGAUUUCACAAUGGCCGAUCAAGUAGAUUCAAUGUCAGAUGCGGAGCUUCGGACUAAAUUGGCCGAGCAUGGAUUCCCUGUUAUGCCCAUAACAGCUUCCACGAGGAACCUUCUGGUUAAAAAACUUAAGCUCGUGCUUGAUAAUAAAAGCAAACCUAGGAAUAGUGUUGACAGUAAGUUCGAGAAUAGGCGGUCACUAGCUCGGUAUUCGAGCGGCGAGGAAUCUGACUUGGACACAACAAACAAUGUCAAAGAAAAACGCGGGCGUCGUGCCACCACGGGUGGUGCGAUGUUACCGCCUGUUAAUAAAGCUAAACGCCAACCUGUGAAGAAAGGAUCACCAGUAAAACAGGACUCUGAUAAGGGGUCAGAGUCUGAAGAGGAAAAGUCGCCUGUUCGCACUCACGAGGAAGUUGAAACUGUGACAACGCGCCGCGUUACUCGCACGUACGCUGCCAAUGAACAAGAUGACUAUGAAACAGGGUCUGACAGUGAUGUAGACUCUGGUAAAAAGACUUCGACUCCAUUCCGAAGCAACUCGCGUUCUAGUGAUUAUAUUUCGAGCACUCUCCCUACAGUAGAUGCAGCCACUAGCCCAAAAGUAUCUUUAUUCUCCCGUCCAUCGAUAUCACCAGGAUUUUCUUCCUCUCUGACUUCCUCAGAUCAUUUGAAUUCGAUCCGAUCAAGACUUGGAUUGACAUCAACGUUAGGUGACAAGCCAUCAGUUAGUACGUACACCUCAAGUUUUCCAUCUAGUUCUUAUCAACCACCUACAGAUGAAGUUGAAUCACCAUACCUCAGCAACUUCACAAGGCGUUUGUCUGCAUUAAAAAAUGAACAUAAACCUGCACCAUCUUACAUUGACCGUGAAACAAACAAUGGUAACACAAUACUCUCUCGCAGAUCGUAUAUAACAGGGAUUGCUAGGUCUGAUGUGGUUGAUUACAAAACAGCCAAUGAUAGGAAAUUUUUAAAGAACAAUCUUGUAUCCUUAGCUCUCGUUGUGUUGGUUGCACUUUUUUUUUUUUGCUUAUUUUUCAUGUAUAUAGUUAAGAAAAAUGAUAUCACAUCAGUGGUGGAUGAUCAGAAUAGUGUUAUACCAAUUUGUCAAUUAAAUAUACCAAAUAACAGGCCAGGUAUUAACUGUGUGCCAAAAGAGCAAGUAAGUUAUGCUAAAGAUCUGCUGAAAGUAAUACACCCUGAGUUGACUUCUCGUGCUGCUGCACACAAGUGUGGGAAUGCUGGGGCCUUGCCAUAUUUAACUGAGCGAGAAAUUAUUGAUAUUGCAAGUGCUAGGGCAAGUUCAAUUGAUAUUAGUCAGUGUAGGACUGACCUCAAUAAUUUGCAAGUUUUAAUAGUCAAUAAUCCACGAUGGGGUCUCAGUGUUGUUCAGUUAAAGAAUAUUUACACCAAGGAUGUUGAAUAUACCCAUAUUACAUCUACAGAUGUUGUAUUUCAGCAACGAAACAAAGGAAGUGUAGCUUUGACACUUACAGACCCAUCUACACCUCUUACAUGCUUUUUGAUGAACACUUUGUACUCUGCUGGCUCCACACUUAUUUUGGUUGGGCUACUAUCUGUACUUUUAGUUGGUUUACAGAGGUUUUACGCAUACUACAUAAGAUACCAGAAAAGAAAAAGUGAAGAGAUCUAUUCUAUGGUAGAGCAGAUAAUCGAAGUGAUAUCCCAAGAGACUGAAGAUAGUGGAGAACCAUACAUAUCUGUGGACCAUGUCCGUGACACCCUUAUUUCCCCACAAAACAGAGAAAAAAUGGCCUCAGUAUGGGAUGCAGCUGUAAAAUUCAUUCAAAGAAAUGAGAGUAGAGUGAGAAUGGAAGUACAGUCUGUAGAUGGUGAGGAUUGCAGAGUUUGGCGAUGGAUUUCUGCUCACAGUAGCCCUAAGCGCAGUGCUGCAUGGCAGGGCCAGGCUUUUGAAACUCAAGAAGGUUCUGUUAACAAUUUGACUGUAUCCCCUACACCUUGCCUGAAAAUUCGCCACAUGUUUGACAAGAACGAUGCUAAUCCGAAUUUGAGGACUGUCAUUCAAGAUGCCAUUUUAGAGAAGUGUGGGGAGCGAUGUAAUAUUCUACAUAUCGAUAUAGAGAGAAUGUCUUGCUGUGUGUAUGUGAAAUGUGCGACGCCGGCGGACGCUGGGGUUGUGUAUCGCAGUUUGCAUGGUUGGUGGUAUGAGGGCAAUCUCAUAACUGUCAAGUAUUUGCACCUGGAACGCUACAUGCAACGGUUCCCAAACUCACCAUCGGCAGGUCCGUAUUUGAAGCCUUCACGUCAACGGCGCAGUAACUGGGAAGAGUGAGUGAGUGAGUGAGUCAUUCAUAAUAGGUUCUGAUUUCUAUGAUUUCAUUUAUAACAGUGACAUUUGAUGAUUACGAACUAUCAAUAGAAUUCAUGUAUUUGAUGUAUGUACAAAUAAAACUUGCUUGCAGAUUAUUUAUUACAAAAAUAACCUCUUUAACUGUGUGCACAUUAAUUGACUUCAUUGAUUUGUAAUAUUUAUUGAGUAGACCGAAAUAAUCAUAAAAGUAGUUAAUAGUAAAAAUAUCAUUGUAUGUGAAUUGAAUUGAUCUAAUUAAAUUAACACUUCAUAAUAAGCUAUAGCAUAAUGUAAUCCACACAGUGAUGUUCGGUUUUGUCUCCAGGUGUAUUUUAUAUAAUUUUAGUUUUAAGUGGUUUAGUCAUUUGACAUGGUUAUCUUCAUAGAAAUCCAACCUGUAUUUUAAGAACUCUACAGCAGCAUUUUUAUUUUAAUGAAUAGAUAGAUUUUUUGACUAAGGA